CGCUAGCCGCGCACGCAGCCACAGAAAAAAACAACAGGCAUUUAUCGGGAAAAUUUGUGCUGAGGAAAAACUAAUAGAGAUUUCCGCGAACAUCGACCGUCUGUGAAAAUGUGUUGCCAAUCAAGCGGCCAGGGGAAAUCUUCUGCGCAGUCUUCUUCAAGUGGACAGCAGCCACGGGAACCAUCUGCCAAGUCAUCAUCAUCGUCAUCAUCAUUGUCGUCACCAGCAGUAAAAGCAGGAACAUAUAGCCGAUAUAGACACAUCCCGGGACCGAUCCUUGUGCUGAUCCUGCUGGGCCUGAUCCAAAUCCAAAUACAGGUAGUCGCCGCCGGAUUGGGCCAAAGUCUUCACGGCUGGAGGAUAUCGUGCUCCAACGAGGGCGAAGAAGUCAAACUGGACCAGUUCAAUUGCUACAACUGCGAGUGCAAGAAUGGUUUCGUAAACUGCCGGAAUACCUGUCCGCCCAUCGAUGAUUGUUAUAUUCAAGAGAAGCCAGAGAACUCCUGUUGCAGCAAGUGCAAGGGUUGCAUUUUCCGCGGAGUUCCCUACGAAAGCGGAGCAGAGUGGAGCGAUCCGGAGGAUCCUUGCAGGACAUACAAGUGCAUGGCAACUGUGGUUACGGAAACGGUGCAGAAAUGCUACUCACAGUGCGAUGACAACCAGCUGCAGCCACCUCGCCCCGGUGAAUGCUGUCCCACCUGCCAGGGUUGCAAGAUCAAUGGACAGACGGUGGCCGAGGGCCAGGAGGUCGACGCCUCCAUCGAUGACCGAUGCCUGGUGUGUCAGUGUUCCUCCAAUCAGCUGACCUGCUCCAAGAAGACCUGCCCCGUCCUACCAUGUCCCAUCAAGCAGAUCAAGCGACCGGACGAAUGCUGUCCCAGGUGUGCCCAGCAUCAGGGAUUUAUGUCGGUUCCAGGCAAAUGCUUCUUCAACAACAAGGUCUAUCCCGAGAAGACGCAGUUCAUGCCGGACAGAUGCACCAAUUGCACUUGCCUCAAUAGCACUGCCAUGUGCCAGAGGGCCACCUGCCCCAUCCUGGAGUGUGCCCCCGAGUUUCAAGAGUUCCAGGAUGGCUGUUGUCCUCGCUGUGCAGUCGCCGAGGUGCGAAGCGAGUGUAGUGUGAAGGGUGUGACCUAUCAGAACAAUGAGACCUGGGACAUGGGUCCCUGCCGGAGCUGUCGUUGCAAUGGUGGCACCAUUCGCUGCUCCCAGAUGCGCUGUCCACCGGUCAAGUGUCGGGCGAAUGAGGAACUGAAGCUGCCGCCUGGAGAGUGCUGUCAGCGAUGUGUGGAGACCGCGGGGACCUGCACUGUCUUUGGGGAUCCCCAUUUCCGCACCUUUGAUGGCAAGUUCUUCAGCUUUCAGGGCAGCUGUAAGUACCUUCUGGCCAAAGAUUGUCUGGGACACACCUUUGAGAUUCGGCUGACGAACGAGGGACGAGGCACGCGGCAUGCCAGCUGGGCCAAGACCGUGACCCUGAAGCUGCACAAUCUGCGCGUGAAUCUUGGCCAGAAGCUGAGGAUUAAGGUGAAUGGGACGAGGGUCCUGUUGCCCUACGUGGGCUCGGCCGGUGGUCGGAAUGUAACCAUCGAGCUGUCCGAUGGCGGAGCAGUGAUGCUAAGAUCAGAGAUGGGCCUGUCCCUGGAAUGGGAUGGUGGUGGCUUCCUGCAGGUCUCUGUGCCGGCCAAGUUCAAGAAGCGAUUGUGCGGCCUUUGUGGCAACUUCAAUGGCAGCAGGGAUGAUCUCACGGGCAAGGAUGGGAACCAUGUCGACGAGGAGGUUUGGCACUUUGCCAACUCGUGGCGCGUGGGUGGACCCAAGUCGUGCUCCCGGAAGCGCGAAAUCCUGGCGGUGCCCACCUGCGACAAGCGCAAGUCCAGCUUCUACUGCCAUCCGCUGAGCGUGUCAGCGCUGUUCGGUGAGUGCAACGAGCGUCUGAAUCCGGAGAACUAUAUAGCCGCCUGCCGGAUGGAUGUCUGUGAGUGUCCCUCCGCCUGCCACUGCGACAGCUUUGCGGCAUAUGCCCACGAGUGCCGGCGCUUGGGCGUCCAGCUGCCAGACUGGCGGACAGCCACCAAUUGUCCGGCGGGAUGGCGACGCAAUGCCACAUUGUCCAACUUCCUGCGCAAUGAGUUCUACGGCGACUCUAGCUCGAGAGGUCGCAAGCGGAAGAACCACCAGCUGCAGCUGCAGCAGCACAAGCUAAACCGCCACCACAGGCUCGGCACCAGCCACAACCAGCUGGAGAAGCCGGGACAGGCUUCCAAUCCCAAGGAUCGGGAGAGGCAGCGGGACGAGGACUUCAUUGCGAAACAUGUGCCCAGCGGCUUGCUCUUUCCACGUGCGCCGGAUCGCACGCCGCCGCCCCUGCAUUAAGCAGGGGACGAGGGAGGGGAACAAGCGUCUAAGUUUAGUUACUCAUUUAGUUACUGCAUCCAUCCGCAUUCACACACACAAGCACAAGAAAGGGCCACUAUUCAUAGCAUACUUUUGGCGGCCCAGCAAGUGAGAGGUAUUCGAGGGAUUCCCGGGAAAUACCUGAUAAUAGUGGAAUUUGCAUGAUUUUUCCCAAAAGAAUUAAGAGAAAAUCAAGAAAAUUUAUU